UUAGUCCACUUCUUACCAAAUGCUUCGAGCUACUCUUUCUCUCUCUCUUUUUCUAUUCCUUCUUUUCUUCUGUACUUUUUCAUCUUGAGAACCUCUUUCCUUGCCAAUUAUACUCCACCAUGUGGUACUUUAUAGGUGGAACUGUCAGUUAAUUUAUUCGACAAAAAUCACUGGGGGGUGUUUAUUUUGUUGCUUGUUGUAGAGGAGUGAAGCUAGGUCUCAUCGAACUUGGGGUUAGGGAUUGAAUUGAAACUUGUACAGGACAAAACUGGGAACAAGGGGGACAAGGAAAAGCCAUUUUCUGCAAAACCGCUUACCUGUUUUGAGUGGUACACGAAUCGUUAUCGUACGCCAGUCGCCAGCAAGUGUGUUAAAUUUGAGUUGUUGGCAGAUUUAACGUACGCCUAGAACAGUAUGAAACUGUGAAACAAGCGGAAAAAACCGGAGAACCCUCAAAGAGUAAUCGUACUUGCAGCUGAUUCUUUGUGUAAAGAGGUACAGCAGGAAACAAACAAAGAUCAAAUCAAAGGGGAAAAAGAAUCCGUGAGUUUUAUCCGACUUCUCAGUGUUUGGUGCUUUUCAUCAUCCCACUGUUCAAGAAAGCGGCGAGGAAGAUAAAGCUUACCAAUAAUAAAGGCUAGCAAACGAAGACUAAUCUUGUUAUCUUCUUAUAUUGAUUCUCAAGGAACCAAUUAUGAAUCGCUGGUGGGCUGGAAAUAUGGCAAUGAGAGGUGUUGAUCCAACAACUCCACCUCCGAGUCUUCACUUGAGGAAUCCAGAAGAGGAACAUAGCAGUCUUAGUCGUCUCGGUGCAAGAAGAGAGCAAGACUUCAUAGACAAUAACGCAAAUAGCGCAACAAACACCAAUAACAUUAACGCAAAUAACGCCAGCACCAAUAGCCCUAACGCCGCCACCCAGAACCAACAACAACACCAGGAUGACCAAGAAGACAGCCGCGACAACAACGAAUCUGAAGAUCAAAACUUGGGCCUCGAAACCACCGAACCGGGUUACGGUUCAUCCUCUCGUCGACCCAGAGGAAGACCACCUGGUUCGAGGAAUAAGCCAAAACCACCCAUUGUCAUUACCAAAGAAAGCCCUAACUCUCUCCGUAGCCACGUACUUGAAAUCACAAGCGGCACUGACAUCGUUGAGAGCAUCGCGAAUUUCGCUCAGCGCCGCCACCGUGGCGUCUCCGUCUUAAGUGGAAGCGGCAUCGUGACCAAUGUUACACUCAGACAACCAGCAGCACCAGGUGGGAUUAUCACGCUCCAUGGAAGGUUCGAGAUUUUAUCAUUAUCCGGUGCGUUUUUGCCGGCUCCAUCGCCACCUGGAGCCACGGGUUUAACCGUGUAUUUAGCUGGUGGACAAGGUCAGGUGGUGGGGGGAACUGUAAUGGGGGCUUUAAUGGCGUCAGGGCCAGUGAUUGUGAUAGCAGCUACAUUUACUAAUGCUACAUAUGAGAGGUUACCUAUUGAAGAUGAAGGAGAACCUAGUGGUGGUGGUGGGUCAAUUGGACAGUCUCAGGGCUUGCAACAGCAAGGAAAUGAAAAUAAUAAUGGUGGUGGUGGUCAGUCUCAGAGUUUGGGCGGUGAGCAAGGUGGUUCAACAACAAUUCCUAUGCCUAUAUAUAAUCUGCCUCCUAAUUUGCUUCCUAAUGGACAAAUGCCUCAUGAUGUAUUUUGGGCUCCACCGCCUCGUCCGCCUCCGUUCAACUAAUCAGAGAGAAGUAGAGAUGUUGAUGGGGAAGAGAAAGAGAAGGUUUUUCUAACUGGUUUUGUGCAAAAUGUACUAAUAAUUUAAUGUAUAAGCAUAGCAAGGAAGAUUAGCUAGGUUUCUUUAUCUUUGUGAACCUUGAUCAAGUGAUCACUAUAGUGAAUUACGUUUUGCCAUGUUUUGGAUA